AUGUCGGUGGCGAAGCUGGAGUCGGUGCUUUUGGGUGCCGAACCAGUGCUGCUCCUCGGGCCUGCGGGCUCGGGUCGUUCGUCGCUGCUGUUCCGCGCAGCGUUUGUCGUUGCCGCUUCCCCAGCCCGCGUCCUCUUCUUAGCGCCUCAACCCUUGCAGCGCCUGCCGGGCGGGAUAGUAGCUAGAGCCGGAGCGUUCCAGAGAAUCCACUUCCUUUACCCAGCAUCCUUCCAAGAGCUGCUUCAGCUGGUGGCUUCCCUGCAUCAUACUUGGUCCCGCAGCCUCUCCCUGAUAGUAUUGGAUGGCUUGGAGGAAUUCUUGGCCACCUGUUCUGGUCCAGGUGUGGCGGCUCAGCUGGUGGCCUUGCUGCUGGACACAGCAAAUCAUUUCAGCCAGAAGCUCACCCAGGAUUCUACCCGUUGCCAGCUCAUUGUCUCCAUGAGGUUCCCUGGAGAAACUGGGGAACAAGCAGAGCAUCUCUCAGUGAUUGAGCGCUACUUCCCAGCUCGGUUACAGCUGUAUCUGGAUUCAGGGAAGAGUGCCAGCUCCGAUAGUGGUGUUGUUGCCAAGUUGAUUAGAGUCUCUCUCUCUCAGCUGGGAACUGAAGGUCAAGAAUGGCAGGUGAGAUUUGAUUCAAAGGGUGACAUGAGGAUUUCUCCACUUCCGCUCAUGGGUGAAAAUGACAGUAGCCCAACUUCAGGGAAUGGUGAUGGAGAUGUGCACAGCACUGUACCAGACUCUUAGUUUGGUGGUCCUUAACUGGAUAAUUUUUAUGUCACCGACUUCUGGACAACUGUUUGAGCAGCAGCAAAAAAACAAAAACAAACAAAAAAACCUUUCUUUACAAUGUGAACAAUGUUAGCACUACCUGCUUUUGAAAUUCCUUUCUUUUUGCACUUUGUGUUAGUUUUCAUUUUGAUUGGGCAAACAACUUUUCUUGAUAAAGAGCAAAACUUGGUUACAGAAUGUCGAAUCUCUUUGGCUGUCGCAACCAUAUAUCCUAGAGGAUAAAUGCUCCUCCAGAAAUGAAUGCAGAGUGUACCUUUCUAGUGGUGUUAAUUGCCUGGAAAAACACAUUGUUUCAUGGAAUGAUUUAAAGACUGGGAAGAAAUGACUGAUUGGAGAAUGCUGGGAGUUGCACGAUUUUUCUUUUCUACCUAAGCAUGCAUAGGAUUGUUCCCCAAGAGAAUAAAUUCCUCACUUGCGGGUUUUAAUGGCAACUUUUAAAAGGCACUUCCAUGAUUUGAGGGAAAUGAUUUUUGAAGCAUGACCCAGGUGUCUCAAGGGAGCUGUAAAGAACUGCUGAGCUGAGAGGGAGGUGGACCCAACUCCCUGUUUGCCCACCCCCCGUGCUUUUUUCAGAGAAUUUAAAAAAAAAAAUAUUUGCACUGUCAUCCUUC